AUCUUCUCUGACUCGAACCUCCAUAUCCGGAUGGCAUUUCAACCACCUUUCUCCCCUUACGAUCCCACGGAUACUUCCGGGUGUGUUUCAUUCCUUUGGGGAUUCGCUUCACGCUGACCAGAACGAAAAGUUUCUCAUACGAAACAGUGGUCAAACGGUGGCCCAUUAUUCUUACCAGUAUCGUGGACCAACUUCACCAAGAAAACCAUGCUCUUACUGUGCUAGAGGGUCAGGACGAUUCCAAAAUCGUGGAAGCUAAAGAGAUCAUUGAACGGGUCAGCAAAUUAAAGUAUCAGAUGGCCAGGGACCAUGCACUAGAACCUAUCCCUCAAGAUGGAGAACCUCAUGUCGAUUUGUACAAUGGCAGAUUAGAACGCCUCACCCAACAGUCGAGGAAUACCUGGUUUACGGCUCCCUGGCUUUACGCAGAAUGUUAUCUCUACCGAUUCCUUCGAUCUUUGUUCGCCCAAAGUCAACACUGGCGCGAUUACGACCCAUUCUUUUCCCAGAAGGUCGACGUCUUCCAGAAAUCUGGGCCCUCAAUCUAUCGCAUCGCAUCAUCUAUGCAUGAUCUCGAGAUUGCAAAAGCAAAUGUCGAAUCCGACGAAGGCAGGAUAGGGGCCUUAUUCCAAGAGAUGAUCCAGAUGUGUCUAUGGGGAAAUGCUACUGAUCUCUCCCUCUUGACGCAUAUGACUCUGUCCGACAUCCAGAACCUACAGACUGUAGAGAAGGAAGCCCAGUCGGCGAGGAAGCAAUUCAUCAUGAAAGAUGACCAAGGCCAAGUCUGGAAACAUCUGAAGCAAGUUAAAGGCGGUCGGGUUGAUUUUGUGCUCGAUAAUGCUGGAUUUGAGGUUUUCACCGACCUUGUUUUUGCGGAUUUCCUUGUUACCUAUACACCUCACGUGUCGAAGGUCGUUUUCCAUGGCAAGCUCAUUCCGUGGUUCGUGUCGGACGUAACACCGCUGGAUUUUAAAUACACCAUCGCCUCCUUGCUUGACGAAACUUACUUUUCCUCUGCGCCUGCUUUACAAGAACAGAAGGAUCACCUGAAUGAAAUGGCAACCCGUAUUUCCAAGUAUGUUGAGGAAGGUGUUUUGAUGUUUUCGGUCCCUAUCGAAACCCCCCUCGGCGGCGGUGAUGGGGAUGUUUCAAAGUUGGGAGAAUUCUGGACGAGUCCUCUUCCAUUUUGGAACAUGGAACAGGAUUGUGCCGAACUAUGGAACGAUUUGAGGAAGAGUGAUUUGGUUAUUUUCAAGGGAGACCUGAACUAUCGAAAAUUAACAGGUGAUAUCAAAUGGCCUUCCACUACCUCUUUCGAGAGUGCUUUGGGCCCCCUCGCCGGAUCUUUUCCCCUCUUAAGUUUGCGAACCAAUAAAGCAGAUGUUGCGGUCGGAAUUGAUCAGGAAAUUUUGGAUGAAGUUGAACAGAAAGACAAGAAAUGGAGGGUUAAUGGAAAAUACGCACUCAUUUCGUUCUUGCCGAAAGCGAAGUAGGAAUUAAGAAAACGUAAGAUCAGUUGUGAUAAUGCGGCCGUGCAGUAUACGAUUUAGACCUUUAGUAGAAAGAGAAAGCAAGUACAUUUGUUGUACAUACCUAAAGCAGUUGCUGCGUAUAUAUGUACGUCAUCUUUGUUUGGCAACUAGCCUUAGCGAC